AUGCAGGGCUGGCGGGUUUCUAUGGAAGAUGCCCACUUAGUUCUCUAUGCAAAAAGGGUAGGGGGGCCCCCGGGGGCCCCCGGGAGCCCCCACGCCGCGGGCAGCGCGGCCCACGGCCACCGACACUCUGCUGCAGCGCAUGCAGCAGCAGCUCCCGCGCCGCAGGAGGGCGCCCACAGCCCAGCAGCAGCAGCAGCCCAGCAGCAGCAGCAGCAGCAGCAGCAGCAGCAGCAGCAGCUGCGCGGCUCGCUGGGCUCCCUCGACUACUCGCUGCUGUCGCAGCUGCUGCCAGGGGCUGGGGGCCCCUGCAGCCGCGGGUUUGAGGGUUAUGAGUUUUUGCCAGCAGAGACUGAGUUGGUGCUGCAGCAGCAGGAGCCGCAGCCUGCAGCAGCAGCAGCAGCAGCAGCAGCAGGAGCAGCAGGGGCGGGCGAGGCGCCCGCAGCAGCAAGCGCUGCAGCAGCAGCAGCAGCAGCAGCAGAGGGCGCAGACGCAGCGGAGACUGAUGCAGCAGCGCCACCAGCAGCAGCAGACAGCGCCACCGCAGAACCGCCCACAACCCCCAGCAGCAGCAGCAGCAGCAGCAGCAGCAGCAGCAGCAGCAGCAAGAAGGGGAGCAAAGUCACGAAGGCGGUGCUGCGGCAGUUCACUAUGCGGCGAAGGGGCCCCAGCAGCGCAGCAGCAGCGGAGCCGGAAGCAGCAGAAGCCCCGGGGGCCCCUGCAGCAGCAGCAGCAGCAGCAGCAGCAAGUCCCAGGGGCCCCCAAGGCAGGGGGGCCCCCCCUGCAGCAGAACUGCCACAGGGGGGCCCCCCUGUACCCAAAGACUAUAAUGGGCCCCUGACGCAGCAAGCGGACUUGUGCAUAUUUUCUGUCUUUGACGGACACGGCGGGGCCCACGUCUCCAGGUUUGCUGCAGCAAACCUGCGGUCGCUGCUGGAGGCGCAGCCAGCCUUCCACAGGGGAGACUUUGCUGCUGCGCUGCGGCUGGCCUACUUAAGAAUAGAUGAGUUGCUGCGGAAGGACAGCAGCCAAGAAGAGCUGCUGUUCUUGACAACUCACACUCCUUACGAGCUGCUGCAGCACCGGCAGCAGCAGCAGCAGCAGCAGGAGCUCGCGCUGCAGCAGCAGCACGAGCACGAAGCUGCUGCAGCAGCAACGCCGCAGCACCACCGGGGCCUCCGCUCCACCCUUUCCAACAUUGGGCAGCACUUCAAGUCCCAGCACCACCAUCACCAGCAGCAGCAGCAGCAGCAGCAGCAGCAGCAGCAGCAGCAGCAGUCUGCUGCAGCAGCAGCAGACAUGAACCGCUGCGUCACCCUCACCAGCUUCGGCUUCGAGGGGGGCCCCCGCUCCCUGGGGGGCCCCUCUUUGGGGGCCCUUUCCUCGGGGGCCCUUACCCUGGGGGCCCCCUCUUCUUCUCGUGUAGAAGAAGACCUCUUGGGGGCCCUCCUGGGGGGUUCAGCAGAAGACGUGGGGCCCCGGCUCGAGGCCCCUGCUGCUGCUGCUGCUGCAGCAGCAGCAGCAGCAGCAGCAGGGAGGCCAGCAGCAGCAGCAGAAAGAAGCACAGCACGCAGCGGGGCUGAUGCCAUUAUUGCUGCUUUUGCUGCUAAUGGAGACCCCAGAGAUGCUGAGGCUUUCCUGCUGCACCCCGACAGCCAAGCAGCAGCAGCAGCAGCAGCAGCAAACGCAGCAGCAGCAAGCGCAGCAGCAGCAGUCGCGGCCUCGGACCCCCCAGGCGGCGCCUCCGAGGAAGAAGCAGCAGCAGCAGCAGCAGCAGCAGCAGCAGAUGAAACAGCAGCAAAUAAAAAGGGAAAAAGAACUACUUUUUUUAAUAUAAUUGACUCUGUUGCGCGCACUGUGGGCCUCAGCAGAAUCUUGGGAAGAAGCAGCAGCAGCAGCAGCAGCAGCAGCAGGUCCCUUGCAAACACUGCUGGCAGCACAGCUCUCACUGUCUGCAUCACACCGACGCGCAUGGUGGUGGCCAACGUGGGCGACUCUCGCUGCGUGCUUUGCCGCGGCCAAGACAUCAUUGAACUUUCCCAAGACCACAAGCCCCAGCUAGCUGAGGAAAGAAUUCGCAUCUACGCAGCAGGGGGCUUUCUGGAAAUGGGCCGCGUGAACGGGAACUUGAACUUGUCGCGCGCGCUCGGCGAUUUGGCCUACAAGGCCGACGCGGCGCUGCCGCCGGAGAAGCAGAUUUUGUCUGCUGCUCCCGACCUU